CGUUACACUGUGAUACCGUUAUACAUAAACUGACGAUUCUGCUGAAUGUGUCAAACGUGACGAUGGAAGACAGCAAUUGCUCAGAGUAUUCAAUGAUCAAUGCUGUUCAUUCAUUAUGUCAAAAGAACGCAAAAUGCAAUUCCAAGUUGAAAUGGCUACUGUCAAAACAGAUUUGGCCCCCCUCUGAUCGGACAGCCUUGUUGGAGGGUCUGUCACAGCUGUUCCUUGACUUCCAAUGUUCCGCUGACAUAUGCACCAGUGUCCGACCUCUCAUCCUCGAUAUAAUUGAGAGAUCCAAGACUUCAGUGCUUCUACAUGGACAUGAAAACAAUAUUUAUAUUACCAAAUUUGCAGUUGCUUUAAGUUUAGGUAUAGGCAGUACACCAGAUCUCAGGAACUUUUCUGUUGAAUUUUUGAAUACAUACAAGCCAUUUUGUCAGUCACCUAAUUCUGAUGGAGAGCCAAGGAAGAAAAAGAAGAAAAAAGAAAAGUUGAGCGAUCUUGAGUUGUGUCGGGCAAUGUGGACCUUUGUAGACGUCCUGGGAGAAAGUGUGGAGGGCUGCAUCACACUGGACCUCCUGGUGGCCUAUCUGUCUCACCAUGAAUCCCAAGUCAGAUGGUUUGCUGCGGAGGCUGUGUCCCAACUGGUCCGGAUGUCAGAGAGUCAGAGGGAGAUGUUCCUGCGGAAAUACUUCACUGAAGAAGAGAUCAGAGAACUUUCUGUUAGAUAUUUAUUAGAUGAUGGUCCUAAAAGGAAGGCUGAGUCUUUGGUUGUCGUGACAACAGAUGUGAAGAAGUUGAGUCACACGAUGCAGGGCCUGGUCAGCAUGGACUUCAGUGACAGUGUUGUGGAAGUUGCUGGCCUCCUGUUGCCAAGACUACAAGGGGAGACAAUCAUGACAGCGUCUGUGGAGCUGGUUCCCGUGCCCUCCAUGCUCAGCAACCUCCGCAGCCUGGCACUGGCGGUCGUGUCGGGGGCCCCGGUCCUGCUGCAGGGGCCAGUCGGCAGUGGGAAGACAACUCUUGUCCAGCACCUGGCUGGCCUGACAGGGAGACACACCACACCACACCUGAUCAAGAUACAACUAGGGGACCAGACUGACAGCAAGGCACUGCUUGGCACCUACAGAUGCACGGAGGUCCCGGGGGAGUUCGUGUGGCAGCCAGGCAUCCUCACGCGGGCCGUAACUGAAGGAUUCUGGGUCCUUUUGGAAGACAUUGACUUUGCACCGAUGGACGUUGUGUCCAUACUCCUGCCCCUGUUGGAGACCAACACAUUGACCAUUCCAGGUCAUGGGGACAACGUCAAGGCCAACCCUGGCUUCAGACUGUUUGCCACACAACGACUUGUAGGAAGCAGCAGUGGGUGGCAUCGUCAGCACAGCGGUAGUGCUCUCCUCCUGGAGAAGAUGUGGACCAGGAUCAAUGUUGAACCCCUCUCACGCUCUGAGCUGGAAAAGGUGAUAGUGAGCCAGUUCCCCCAGUUGGCCACCGUGGUGGAGAAGCUACUGGACAUAUACCUCAUGUUGUCAGCCGGCAAACACGACUCCGAUACGUCUAUAUCAGACACCGACAGUACAGGAAAGUUCCUGUCUUUAGCAGGGAGACUAGUGUCUACCAGGGAUCUCAUGACAUGGAUCAACAGAGUCAGUUCCGAGUUCGAUAUAUCAUCCACCGAGGCUGGCACCAAGGUGUUCCAGGAAGCCUUGGACUGUUUUGUGUCCUGUCUCCCCAAACCAAGCAAGAGGAUGCCAUUAGCAGAGGCCAUUGGCGCUAAACUCAAUGUAUCAAAAAUAAAGGCUGAGUUCUACAUCUGUAAGUACAAGCCCAACAUUGAACAACAUAUGGACUCCGUGAAGUCCCUCGUCCGUGAGUCUGUUGGGGCUCCGGCAGGAGUUCCUCGCUCACUCUGGGCCAGGCGGAGACGUCACCGGGACGGGGUCCGUGCAGCUUGCAGGCUGGCGGGGAGCACUCUGUCUGCUCCUCCCUCUCUGUGGUUCCUAGUGCUAGGCAGCCCACGGGUCGGGGUUAGGGGUCCUCUUUCAGAGGAGACCCAGCCUCAGACUUCGGGCUCGAGCGCCCAGUCGAUGGAUACUGGGGAGGUAGAGGAGCAUGGCGGUGCUUUCCGUUUUGCCGGCUCUGCGGGAGGACACAGGCUGCACGUAAUCAACCUAAACCAGCAGAGUGACAGCACAGACCUGCUGGGAGGGUUCAAGCCGGUUGAUCUGAAGUUUGUCAUCAUGCCCUUCAGGGAGGACUUUGAGAUGCUUUUCAUGAAAACUUUCUCCAGGAAACAAAAUACAAGGUUUCUGGGCCACAUACAGGAUUGUUUCUCUCGGAGAAAGUGGGGUGACUUGCUGACACUGAUGGACCACACUCAGAAGUCUGCUGCCAAGAAGUUUGGCAAGGGUACAGAGCAUCACCGAGAGUGGAAGAAGAUUGGCCGGCGUCUGCAUCAGCUCAAGGUUCAGGUGCAGCAGAUAGAGAAUGCCCUUGCCUUCUCCUUCAUUGAGGGAACCUUGGUGAAAGCAUUGCGUGCUGGAGACUGGGUUCUGCUGGAUGAGAUCAACCUUGCUGCUGCCGAGACACUGGAGUGUCUCAGUGGUCUGUUGGAGAGUACCUCGGGGUCGGUGGUGCUUACAGAGAGGGGCGAUGUGGACCCCGUUGUCCGUCACCGUGAGUUCCGUCUCUUCGCCUGCAUGAACCCGGCUACUGAUGUUGGAAAGAAGGACCUCACUCCUGGCAUCAGAAACAGGUUCACGGAGCUCUACGUGGAUGAGCUGGAGGACACACAGGACCUGAAGAUUCUGACCAAUGACUAUCUCCGUGGUUUGUCGCUGUCCUCCUCACAGGUCGACGGGAUUGUCAAGUUCUACCUCACCGUGCGCAAUGAGGCGAACAAACGACUUACUGAUGGCACUGGGCAUAAACCUCAUUUCAGUUUGCGAACCCUGUGCCGGGCCCUGAAGUUCGCCUCCAGUAACCCGUGUGGCCUUGUAGCACGAUCUCUGUAUGAGGGUUUCUGCCUUAGUUUCCUGACCCAGCUGGACCGGUCGUCCCACCCCGUGGUGGAGAAGCUUGUGUGUCAGCAUGUAGUAGGGAAGGCCAACAUCAAGGCUAUUCUCAAACAGCCGCUGCCACAGCCCCACGGUGCCAAACACCUCAAGUUCGAGGGUUACUGGAUAUCCCAGGGUGCACUGGAGCCUCAUGUGCCAGACAAUUACAUUCUCACACCAUCAGUCAGAGAAAACUUGCGAGAUUUGGCCCGAGUUAUCUCAGCUAGCCAGCACCCAGUGCUGCUACAGGGUGAGACGUCGGUGGGGAAGACGAGUCUGAUCACGUGGUUGGCACAGUCCAGUGGGAACCAGUGUGUGAGAGUCAACAACCAUGAACACACGGACCUGCAGGAGUAUGUUGGCUGUUACGCAGCAGAUGAGUCUGGCAAACUUGUCUUCAAGGAAGGUGUCCUGGUGGAGGCGAUGCGACAGGGACAUUGGAUCAUCCUCGACGAGCUGAACCUGGCCCCAACUGACGUCCUAGAGGCCCUCAACAGGCUGUUGGAUGACAACCGAGAACUGUUUAUAGCGGAGACCCAGGAGACGGUGAAGGCUCACCCCAAGUUCAUGCUGUUCGCUACCCAGAAUCCUCCAGGAAUGUAUGGAGGCAGGAAGAUGCUGUCUCGAGCCUUCAGGAAUCGUUUCAUUGAGCUACACUUCAACGAAAUACCAAGCAUUGAACUGGAGACGAUUCUCCAUCAGCGCUGCAGCAUCCCACUGUCCUACGACAAACGACUUGUCAAGGUCAUGCUGGAGCUUCAGAUGAGGCGGCGUGGAUCAGGGGUGUUUGCAGGAAAGCAGGGCUUCAUGACGUUGAGGGAUCUGUUCCGGUGGGCAGAGAGGUACAGCAGUACUGAUGUCAAGACAAGUGCCAAGUUCUACGAUUGGGACCAGCACCUUGCUGAUCAUGGCUACAUGUUGCUGGCUGGCCGUGUGAGGAAGGCGGACGAGUCUGUUGUUAUUCAAGAGGUCCUCAAGAAGCAUCUGAAGCGGGAUGUCAAUUCCAGCCUGCUGUUUGACUUGACUGGCAAGACGUCCACAUCAACAGCCCCCUUGUUGAAGGAGGUCACUGACCAAUCAGUGGAGGGCUUUCAACACAUAGUGUGGACACACAAUAUGAGAAGACUGGCUGUUCUCAUUGGCCAGGCCAUCAAGUUCAGGGAGCCUGUGCUGCUGGUCGGAGAAACUGGUUGUGGCAAGACGACAAUAUGUCAGUUGUAUGCAGCCAUGAGAGGGCGCCACCUGUACAGUGUUAACUGCCACCUCCACACAGAGAGUGCCGACUUCCUCGGGGGACUAAGGCCAGUUCGUUCUCACGCAGAACAGGAUGACCCGAAGGAGAUGAAGCUGUUUGAGUGGUUGGAUGGCCCGCUGGUGACGGCCAUGAAGGAGGGCAGCAUGUUCCUCAUCGACGAGAUUUCCCUGGCAGACGACUCGGUGCUGGAGCGGCUUAACAGUGUGUUGGAGCCAGAGCAGACGCUGCUGCUGGCGGAGAAGGGUCGCGGAGAUGGGGGCAGCAACGUGGUGGAGCAAGUCAAGGCGGUAGCAGGAUUCCAGGUGUUCGCAACCAUGAAUCCUGGUGGGGAUUUCGGCAAGAAGGAGCUGUCGCCGGCACUACGGAACAGGUUCACUGAGAUCUGGUGUCCACCCUCGUGUCAGAGGGACGACCUUGAGGAGAUCAUUGAACACAACAUCCGUGACGGCCUUGUUCUGGGCAACCAACAGGAUGGCACCACUGGGUUUGGAGCGGCCAUAUUAGAUUUCAUUGAGUGGUUCUCAAAUAAUGAAAUUGGAAAGAAGUGUACAGUGAGUAUUCGAGACAUCCUGUCCUGGGUCAACUUCAUCAACACCUGUGCCACACCCGAUUUUGGGGAUGUUUCUAUGGAAACCUCAGAAAGUGGCCUUGACCCUGUGAGGGCAUACAUCCACGGAGCUUGUCUUGUUUUUCUGGACAGUCUAGGAAGUGGUACUUCAAGUCACACGGCUGACUUCAGUGUAGAGGUAGCCCGUGACACAUGCCUCCAGUAUCUCGUCAAGCAGGUCAAUUCUUUUGGUGGCCAUGAUUACAACAUGGCUGACUUGCAUCUGUGUCUCCAGAAAGAGGCUGCAGGGAAGAUGGAUGUUGUCAGCACGGAUGAUGUGUUCUCCAUACCUCCCUUCAGCAUUCCGAGAGGUGACCUUCACCCUGAGUCCAGCACCAAGUAUGCCCUGCAGGCACCAACCACCUGCAUGAAUGCACAGCGGGUUCUGAGGGCACUGCAGUUGCCACGCCCACUGCUUCUGGAGGGGUCACCAGGGGUCGGGAAGACCAGUCUCGUCACCGCAAUAGCUCGGUCAGCCGGGCGCGAACUUGUACGCAUCAAUCUGUCCGAGCAGACGGAUGUGACAGACUUGUUUGGUGCCGACCUGCCUGUGGAGGGUGCAGAAGGGGGGAGGUUUGCAUGGAGGGAUGGCCCCCUCCUGCAGGCACUGAAGGCCGGUCAUUGGGUUGUCCUUGAUGAGUUGAACCUGGCCUCCCAGUCUGUGUUGGAGGGGCUUAACGCCUGUCUGGACCACAGAGCCGAGGUGUUCAUCCCGGAACUCGGCAAGACUUUCACCAUUCAACACGAGCAGUCGCGACUGUUUGCCUGUCAGAACCCACUCAGCCAGGGCGGAGGACGGAAGGGACUGCCUCGCUCAUUCCUCAACAGGUUCACUCAGGUAUACAUAGAGCCUCUAUCGAGAGGGGAUCUGUUGUUUAUUACCACGUCCAUGUUCCCAGUCAUCCCAGAGGAAAUCUUGGCAGCCAUGGUGGACUUCAACAUCGAGCUCCACAACCAGACAAUGAAACAGGGCUUGUGGGGACACCGCGGAGGACCCUGGGAGUUCAAUCUGCGGGACUUGUUCGCUGGUGUGAGG